UGACCAUCGGCAUCAUUUGAAUUGUCAGUGGAUCUAAUCAGCAAGACGGGAUCGUCGCAUUCAAAGGUCACAGAAAGCUUCCCAACGGACAUCUCGCCGAAUCGGAUGUGCUUUACACAGGUCCUGCUGCCAGCUCCCGACUCAAACGACUACCAUGACGCGCUACACCAAACUGGAUUCGCGCAAGCCUAGCGCGCUUCCAGCCUCCGAUCACUUUGGUGAUGCAAAGCAGAAGCAGAGUGACAACGAGCCCGACACCACUGCUGCCAGUGAAACGCUCUCUACUGCUAGCGCCGCCGGUGCAGCUAAAAUAGCACAACCUGCGCCUCCCAACGCAUCGUCAGCCUCUGCCUCCUCCUCCGCACAAGACCAAGAUCCUACAAAGCUCUACAAACGGAGCAAGCUGCUCAAGCUCAAGGCGAAAAAGGCCAAGAGCAACGAAAAGCGUACUGAAUUGCUUAAGCAGGCCAAAGCGCUUGAUCAGAUGAUGAAUGCUGCCAACGGCGCUCGGGGAGGAAAAGAUGGCAUGGGAAAUAGCAAAUCGAUGAGCGGCGGCAGUAACGCAGGAGGACCACGAGAGAUGAAGAGGAGAAAAAUCGAUACCGGUGUAUCGUCAUGUGGAACAGAGGUACCGGAAACAACCUCAGAAAACCCUUGGAAGAAGAUGGAACGUGAGCGACGUCAAGUCAAGGAUUCAAGGAAUGAAGUUCGUCGCGAAAAGCGCGCCGCCGAGCGAGAAGCCAAGACACGCUGCUUUGCGUGUCGCGGCGCAGGGCAUGCAGCGAAAGACUGCCCGAAUCGGUUCAAUGCCGAGGCGCAGGCUUUAGAUGCUGUGUCCAUACAAGAAGAUGAUGGGAUUCGGGUUCUUACCGACGGAGGGGAUGAGCUCAAGUCUGCAAAGGCUGCCAUGACUGGCGCGCAAGCCGUCGGGUUGUGUUUCCGCUGCGGCUCGCAAGCGCACACCCUCUCCUCAUGUCGUCGCCCACCACCGAGGGUUGGCUCAGCGCUGCCCUUUGCGACGUGCUUUGUCUGCUCGAAGCAAGGUCAUCUCGCCUCCACCUGUCCACAAAAUAAAGGCCGAGGAGUUUACCCGAAUGGAGGCUGCUGCGUCCUCUGCAGCUCCGUCGAGCAUCUCGCGAAGGACUGCGCGUUGAGGCGCGAAGGUCACGCGGGCGGCACGGCAGCUGUCACGUUGAUCUCGAGCACGAAGGAGGCAGGAUCCAUUGCUUUGGGCGCCGACGAAGACGAUUUCCACGCGCUGGCACGCAGGAAGCAGGAGGUAGAGAAGGAAAUUGCGCAUGAGGCCGAGGCAAACGGCGGCAAGAGCAAAAAGAAAGGUUCUAAGCGCAAGCGAGUGGCGGAGGCUGAUGUCGAGACUGCUCCAAAUAGGCCUGGAAUUGGAAACGCAGUACUAGGGGUGCGUCGACCCGCUUCUGCCCCAACCAAAGCAGGCGCAGGCUCCCGAAAGGUAGUCACGUUCUAGUGAUGUUGCAAUUAUCUAUAAUGCACUAUGACCCAGCUUGGUAUUGUAUAUCCUAAAUCAUUGCUGCACUGCAGCAAAGUUCGUUCACUUGCU